CGCAUUGUGCCCUGCCCUGUCAUUUUCAUAUACGCUCAACCAUACUCUCAAUCGCGUGAACUAGAAACAUUCUCAUUGCGCAAACGACUCCAACCUUUGCCAUGGCAUCCCCUGAGCCUGCCUCUCCUUCGCCGGAGAGGAGCUUGCCCGAUGCGCCACCUCUGACCCACCAGACCACGUAUAAGUCUUUCAAGAGAAAGUAUGCGAAGCAAAAGAUCUGCUUUGAACACGCUAUGAAAAAGAGCAAUACUUUGUUCAAGGAGGAACUGAGGAUUCGCGACCUCUCAAAGCGACUUAAGGAACAGAAUGAUCAACUCCUGGAAGCGCUUUUAGAGCUCAACAACAGUAUACGCGUCCCCCCCGAGCUCCGAUAUAACCUCGACCUCCCAGGCUCCAAGUUACCCAGACUACACUCCCCAGAACCUGAGCACUAUCAGCAAGAAUCCUACGACACGGAAACUGCUCGCGAGGCACUCCGGGUUGCGAAAGAGAGGCUAUUAGCAGGAGAAAUAAAGGCCGACCAAUGUCGCCGCCUGGAGGAGUCUCUCCUUCAAAGCGAGAAUUUCGCUCCCGCAGUGCAAUACUCCUCGUUAUUAAAAGUCCCACAUACUACCUCAAGUAUUCAUGGGGAUCACCCCGCCAUGAAAUGCGACAUGGAUUCAACGCUCGGGUUUCUAAGUCCAGAGCAUGAAACUGAGUAUGCCGCAGCGCUCGACGCCGCUUCCGCUGGAGAACCUAGGCCAGCAGGGAAAUCUGCCUCAGCUGCGAGUAGGGACAGGGAAGCUGCUAUCCGGAAUCCAGUUUCCGUGAUAAAUUGGUUGAGGAAACAUCAACCGCAAGUCUUUCUGCAAGAUGCUGAUGCGGUAUCUGAAAAACCCCCUCCCCGUUCUAACAAUCCACGUAGUUCGAAGCGAGCGAGUACCCACACGCGAAAAGAUGAAGAUAUAUACGACGAAGAUGGUAUAUUAAUUGACGUUCCGGCGACUGGUGGGGGAUCUGGGGGUGGAGGAGGCCGUGGAAAGCGAAAGCGAGACGAGGAUGGAGGCUAUCGACCCAAAGGUGGCAGUGGUGGUCGGUCGAGGAAGAAAAAGGAAGACGCCCCAAAACGGGCGAAGAGGAGUUCCGCAGCUGGAGCCACGACAUAAAUUCUAUCACGAUGUCCCUAUUACCUUUCAAGCAGUUCACGCGGCUCCUACGUUCAUCUACAACGUCAUUACAGUUCCCCUGUGUGUAUGAAUAUGUUUUCCUUCCUUUCCCUUGCGAGCAAGAUGUCCUAUUUUUAAUAUGAUUCUUUUUUCGGGAUUCCCUUCUUUUGGAAUCUCGAGUGCUCCAGAAUUCGAUUGAUUCAAUUGCACAUGUCGUUUGUUCGCUUUCUUAAAAAGCUUUGUGUCAUUUUUUGGAACAAAGACACCUAGCCAUCAAACUUUUCCUUGUUUCUCAAAGUCUGCUGGUUCUAAAUCCUGCCCUUUUAGAGCUGGUCGUACCUCACGUUACCCUUUUUGCACUUAAUGAAUACAUUUUCUCUUGAACAAUUACCUGCUAUAUAUAGACUAUAACUGCUUUCCAUUUGAUAUGUCAAUGUCUAUAAUCCACAAAGCUAGGAUUUACUUUAUAAUCUACAUCUCC